AUGACGAAUGUGAGGGUAUUCGGUAUUUUGAAAGAGUUGAAAAAAAUUCUAGCGUUUCGGAGCAAUGCCCUUUCAAGUAUCAUGGCUGACAUGUGCGGAUCUGACGUUGAAAAUGCCACCUUACCGAGUAUUUCCGAGGAUUCUAAAGCCGCUCUCAUGAAUGAUUUCACAGACUUGGAAGAAUCAUCCUCGGACGACGGUGGCGAAGAGGAUGAUGAUGAUAACAGCGACGACGAGAACCGAAUCUACAUGUUCCAAGAAGUCAACAACGAGAUAGCUUUGUUUUCAACUACAUUUUCGACAACGCCCCUUUACUAA